AUGGAAGUUGUAAAAACAUAUGUCGCAGUAAACAGAGGAGACAACCUACGCACCGCAAUCAAACAAACAUGGGCUCGUGGAGGCGUUCCAGCGUUCUACCAAGGUCUCAUUCCCUGGGCAUGGAUCGAGUGUUCGACAAAAGGAUCUAUUCUUUUUCUGGUUUCGAAUGAGGUGGAAUAUUAUUCAAAAACUGUAGUUGGAGCCUCUCCUGCUGUUUCUGGUACCCCGGGUGGCAUUGCUGGUGGCGCAGCUCAGUCAUAUCUUACCAUGGGCAUGACGACCUGUAUGAAGACUGUGGAAGUGACGAGACCAAAGAACGUCCAACCUGGGGCCCGUGUCCCGGGUACAAUGGAGAUUUUCCUGGGUAUCCUACGCAAAGACGGCAUCCGUGGUGUCAACCGAGGAGUCAAUGCUGUUGCUCUACGACAAAUCAGUGGAUGGGCGUCUCGCAUUGGUAUCGCAAGAUUUGCUGAAGGCCAAAUACGAACCUUACAAUCAAAGCCCGCAGAUGCAAAGAUUGGUCUCUGGGAGAAGAUGACCGCAUCAACUAUACGAGGAGCAUUGAGCUGUUGGAAUCAACCUUUCGAAGUCCUGAAAACGUCCGUCCUCCGACUCCUAAACACAACUACCGACCAUGAAGUUUACCGCUACCAUCACUGGCCUGUGGCCGCCAUCUUCUACAGCGCCCCUGUCGUAGCCGACUGGGCCAGCCUCGGCGAUGGCAUCGGUACAGGUCUUUGCCCUCAAGGAGGAAAUGUCCUCUUGCCAGUUUUCAAUGAUGAGUCUUGGGAUGACAUCUGCGCCAGCCUUGUUGAAGACGGGUGCACGGACAACAACCAUGUACUCUCCCAAGCCAACACAGGCUCAUCUGGGUUCCGACGCAACGAGGACCUUGACUGCGCCGACAAUGCUCCUGCUGGACACUUGACUUGUACUAACGCUUUCCGUGACGGCUACGGAAAGUGUGGAAGCUCGUUCUCUCCUCAUGAGCAGCCAUCUUGUGGUGUCCAGGUUUUUAAUGCGGAUGGAACUGUCGUUGGAGAUAUUUUCUUCGUGGGCGCAUGCCUUCCUCCUAUCUCUCCUCCUUAA